AUGGCAAACCAACCUCAAAAUCCUUUAACCACUUCCUCUAAGCUGAGUCUCAUAAAAGAAGAACAAUCUGCCGAAGAAGCGGUGAGCUUACAAGCGGAUAGCCUCGUGACCAUAAUGGCCUUACCCAUGGUUCUCAAAGCGGCCUUGGAGCUUGGCGUCAUCGAAACGUUAACAGCCGUAGAUGGAGACGUGUGGCUCUCGUCUUAUGAGAUUGCACUUCGUCUCCCGACCAAACCCACCAAUCCUGAGGCACCGGUUUUGUUGGACCGGAUGCUAAUUUUUCUAGCCAGUCACUCCAUCUUGAAGUACCGUAUGGUUGAAACAGGAGAAAACGGAAAGACCAAGAGGGUAUACGCAGCUGCACCGAUUUGCAAGUUUUACUCGACACGUGGAGACGGCUCGGGUUCUCUUGCGCCUCUCUUCCUGUUAAACCUAAGCGAAAUUUAUUUCAAGACAUGGAAGCAUUUCAAAGAUGUGAUUUUAGAAGGAAAGGAUGCAUUCACUUCUGCUCAUGGCAUGAGUUUUUUCAAAUACAUUUGUUGGAACGGACAAUUCGGUGAGAUGUUUAUCGAGUCGAUCUCAGACGCUUGCACGUUGACCAUGAAGAAGGUUUUAGAAGUUUACCGAGGAUUCGAAGAUGUAAACACUUUGGUGGAUGUGGGAGGAGGACUUGGAACUGCUAUAAGUCUAGUGAUUUCUAAGUAUCCUCAUAUUAAGGGAAUCAAUCUCGAUAUAACAUGUGUUAUAACCCAUGCUCCUCUUUAUCCAGGCGUGGAGAAUGUUUCAGGAGACAUGUUUACAGAAAUUCCAAAAGGAGAUGCUAUGUUCUUAAAAUGGAUACUGCAUUGUUGGAAUGACGAAGACUGUGUAAAGAUACUGAAAAACUGUUGGAGAAGUCUCCCUGAAACAGGAAAAGUGAUAAUAGUCGACGUGAUGAAGCCGACGCAGCCAAAGAUCGAGGACUUGUAUUCGAACAAUGCGUUCGCCAAGGACAUGGUGAUGCUAACGUUUUUAUCGGGUGGUCAGGAGAGGUAUUUUUGUGAGAUCGAAGCUCUGGCCUUUGCUUCGGGGUUUCGUCGUUGUGAAAUCAUCUGUCUUGCAUAUUCGUAUUCCGUUAUCGAGCUUCACAAGUAGAUUCAUAAGUUUACCUAGAAAGACUCGUACAUGUGGGGGAAUAAGGGGUAUUUGAUGCUGGGAGCAUGUGCACCCAUUCAAAUAAGUAUCUAUUUUAGAAUGUUGUGCUUAAAACCAUUGAAAUGGUAUAAAUAAAUUUAUGCAGCCUCAGUCUCUCAUGUUUAGUUCUCUAAUGUGUUUUUCUUAUUGAUUAAUAAUGUACCCAUGUGGGAAUAAUAAAGAUAAUGUCUCAA